UACUGACGCACCUCUCUGAGCUCUUGUCUGUGGCCAACUAGCGCGCUCCCGUUUGCGCGCCUCCACCCAAUCCGUCGGCACACUGCACGGGUGUCGGCGUGAACGUCGGCGUGAAUGGACAUUCAUGGGGAUUGUAAUAUUCUUCUUCCCAGCGCCUGCUUUUCGCCUGUCGUUUAUUCACCGCAACGCAAGGCGGGUGUUGAUGAGUGACAGAGGGCAUGUGAUGGCAGAGCUGAGGGGAAGGACAAAUCAGAGAAGGUGGUCUGCUGCACACUGAACAAACGCGACUCAACAGGUUAGAGCCUUGACAGAAUGGAUUUCCUGAAUUGCACUGAAGGGCUGUUCGCCACAAGCAGCAGUAGUUAUGACUCACUUGACACCACUAAUCUCCCUCCCAGUAAAAUCUUGCUGACUCUAACCCUGUCUGUGGUGGCCAUCCUGACUACGUUCUUCAACUGCCUGGUGAUCACAGCUAUCGCAGUCACUCGCAAGUUGCACCACCCAGCCAACUACCUCAUCUGCUCCUUAGCAGUGACCGACCUGCUGGUGGCUGUGCUGGUCAUGCCCUUCAGUAUCAUGUACAUCCAGAAAGAGGCCUGGGUCAUGGGUCAGGUGAUGUGCACCAUCUGGUUAAGCGUGGACGUCACCUGUUGCACGUGCUCCAUCCUGCACCUCGCUGCCAUCGCCAUUGACCGCUACAGGGCCAUUACCGAUGCGGUGGAGUACUCUCGCAAACGUACAGGGGCCAGGGCUGGUGCAAUGGUGGCAGUGGUGUGGCUCUUGUCCAUCCUCAUCUCACUUCCUCCUCUUCUGUGGCGGCACUACAGCGAGGAUGCAGAGAAUGAAGACCAGUGCAUCAUCAUCCACCACCACAUGGCAUUCACCCUUUAUUCCACACUUGGAGCAUUUUACAUCCCCCUGCUGCUCAUCCUCAUCCUCUACUAUAAGAUCUACCUGGCCGCUCAGACCCUCUAUAUGCGGCGAGAGGCUAGCCGAGCUAGCCGUCACUCAUGCAUGACUAAUGGGAGCAUGAUCCCUUCGACCCACACUACUGGAGAUGGUGAUGGUGGACCUCAAAGUCCGCAGCCCAUUAGCCCACCAGAGAAGUCUUUCUCUGAGCCCUCAACCGAGGAACCGCCGCGUGAACGGAUGCGUGUCUCAGUUAAAGCUUUCCAGUGCAAGCCACGGCGGCAUGAGUCGCGUAGUGAGUCACGUCGGAGCCAGCUCUACCAAGGACCCCGGAUCUCGGGCUCACGGGAACGCAAAGCGGCGUCCACGCUGGGGCUGAUAAUAGGGGCCUUUGUCAUCUGUUGGCUGCCAUUUUUUGUCAAGGAGGUGAUCGUCAACACAUGCGGUUCUUGCAGCACUUCGGUGGAAAUGGCUGACUUUCUGACAUGGUUAGGAUACCUUAACUCUCUGAUCAACCCCCUCAUCUACACCAUCUUUAAUGAAGACUUCAAAAAGGCAUUCCAAAGACUUGUGAGAUGCAGUCAUUACCUCUAAUGGUUCGUUAUGCAUAAUCAAACCCAUACUCUGUCGCCUGUAUAUUACAGAGAGGGAACAAAACAAGUGGUUUCUGUCUGAGAACACUCAAUACUGACUCAGCGUGCCUGAGAAAGUACGUUUUCAAAGAGGAAAAGUACACUCCAGCAGCCACUCCAAGAGCCUAAAUGGCACCAGGUCAGCGUUGAGUUUUGCAGCAAUGGUCCUCAUUGAAAUCCAUUCUCCUAAUAAUAUAAAAGCCUGAGAGCUCCUUGAUGUUAAUUUGCGUAUGUGAAGGGACAGUGACAUGUUGGUUUUGAGCAAAUGGGCCAUCGCUGACCUUUUGAGGUCUCGGUUCUUAGCAUUAGUGGCCAGCCCCAUUUAAAGGUCUUGAAAUAGCUGACCAUUAUGUCUCUUUCAUUUAAUGACCUCCCUUCUGUCCACACUGCUGGCUAAAAUAUUUGUGUGAAAUAGCACAACCGGGCAAGGUGUUUGGCAACAAUGUUACCAGCGGUGACUUUUAUCUAACUGUUGCGAGGAUUGUUACCAGAACUAGUUGUUGAAGGUGGUAUGUAUUAAUUCUUGCCAUGCAUUCCAACUAAUAAGUACAUGUAUAGGGAUUAAGCUUCUUGUUAGGUUGAUGAUAAUGGUUAUAUAAUAAUGAAUUAUUUUUUCUGGACCUUUACACUAUACUCAGUCACUUUAACACAAAUGAACAUCUGUUACAUUCAAGCCUUUGCCAAAUGAGUUCACGUAAUGCUGAUUAGCUCUAUCAGUACCUAGUAAAUUCCUCUGUGUUUCGCAGUGCACUGGAGGGUUAAAUCUAGUGUCUGUGCUCACAUUCCCGCACUGCGGUAGUGAUUUGUUUAAUGUUUUCCAGCAUCGACUGCCUUGCCAUAGUGUACGACGGAAGUAACUACAGUGGCAGAGAUGGAGCAUCCUACAGUAGCCAGGAGGACAGAUGCGUCUGUGGCAGGAAAACAAGAUAUGAAUAUAACUGAGAUUCUUUGAGUACAGUUUGUUCAUUCGAGAUUAAUUUUUAGAAGUAGUUACAAACAUACACAGUUGUCACUUCCAAGACUGUAAGCCUUUAUGCAUAUAAUAGCUGUACACUACAUGGCCAAAAACAGUACUCACCAUUUGGAUCUACCUAAGCAAAUAGGUACGAGCCUCCUGUUGGAUAAUUACCGCAUGGGGGAUUAUCUUUCAGCUGGUAACAAGUUGUUUAACCCCAACUGAUGCAAUGAGUAGCUUCUCAUUUUUCAAACAACCAU